UUUUUGAAAUAUAACUAUCGAGUAACAUCUCUAUAAUUGCCGGUUGCUGCGCUAACUCUCAAAUUGCAGCCAUAAAUAACGCUGGAGCCGCAGUUGAGUGCGCAAUAAUGGUCGAGUACACAGCCGAGUUUACAGCUGAAGAGCAGGCGCUCAUUGAUAAAGAGUUCGCUAGACUGGGGGAGAGCACCUACCUUGAUCAUGCGGGCACAACACUCUAUGCCGAGAGCCAAGUGCUGAGCGCGGCGCAGCAACUGCAGCGCGAUGUUAUUUGCAAUCCGCACACCUGUCGCGCCACCGGCGACUAUGUGGAUCAGGUGCGCUACAGAAUUCUUGAGUUCUUCAAUACGAACGCCAAUGAUUAUCAUGUUGUGUUCACGGCCAAUGCAACGGCUGCACUGCGUCUGGUGGCCGAGCACUUUGAUUUCGCCGGCGAUGGCAACUUUCACUACUGCCAGGAGAAUCACACCUCAGUGCUGGGCAUGCGCCAGUUGGUCAAGGCCAAAGGCAUCUAUAUGCUCACCAAGGACGACAUUGAGCUGAAUGUUCAGGAUCAGCCGUCCACUCCAGCUCCAGCUCCAGCUGCAGUUGCCACGGCACAGGCCAAUUCUCUGGUCACCUUUUCGGCGCAGUGCAACUUCAGCGGCUACAAGAUGCCUCUGACUGUCAUUGAGCAGAUACAAAGGCGCGGCCUGCAGCAACUGGGCAAAUGCGUCUGGAGUGCAGAGUCUCAGCCAGCAGCGAAAGACGUCGAUAGCAACUAUUACGUCUGCCUAGAUGCGGCUGCCUUUGCCGCGAGCAGCCCGCUGGACCUGCAGCGCUUCCGUCCGGACUUCGUUUGCGUCAGCUUCUACAAGAUCUUUGGCUAUCCAACGGGCGUCGGCGGUUUGCUGGUGAGCCGACGCGGCGCAGAGGUGCUGCGCAAGCGAUUCUAUGGCGGCGGCACCAUUAACUAUGCCUAUCCCCACACCAUGGAGCAUCAGCUGCGCAACGUAUUCCACGAGCGCUUCGAGGACGGCACACUGCCAUUCCUGUCCAUCGUGGAGCUGCUGCAGGGCUUUCGCACGCUGGAGCGGCUGGUGCCGGGUCGCAGCAUCGAGCGCAUCUCGCGGCAUGUCCAUGGCCUGGCACGCUACUGUGAGCACCAGCUGAAGCAGCUAAAGCAUCCCAAUGGUGCGCCGCUCAUCACGCUGUAUAACCACGCCGGCUACGAGGAUCGGGCCAAGCAGGGCGGCACCGUUGCCUUCAAUGUGCGCACCGACUCUGGGGACUAUGUGGGCUUCGGCGAGGUCGCCUGCAUGGCGGCACUGCAUCGCAUCCUGCUGCGCACCGGCUGCUUCUGCAACGUGGGCGCCUGCCAGCACUUUUUGCAGCUGAAUGACGAGACGAUGGAUGCGAUCUAUAAGCGCGCCGGACGCAUCUGUGGCGACUACUUCGAUCUGUUGGAUGGACAGCCGACGGGCGCCGUGCGCGUUUCCUUCGGCUACAUGACGCGCAUUCAGGACGUUGAUCGAUUCCUCCAGAUGCUGCGCAACAGCUAUCUGGUGAUCGCGAAGCCACAGCAGCGCUUCAGCUUCAUAGAGCAGCAGGCGGAGCUGCUGCCCAAGGCGCUGCAGCAGCGGGCCCAACGUUUGCGUCCACGUCUCCUCCAGCUGGCCAUUUACCCGGUGAAGUCCUGUGCUGCCUUCAAGAUAGACAGCUCCACAGGCAGCUGGCCUCUGACGAAGCAGGGAUUGCAGUACGAUCGCGAGUGGAUGAUCGUCGAUAUGAAUGGCAUGGCGCUGACCCAGAAACGCUGCACGGAUCUGUGCCUGAUACAGCCACGCAUUGUGGGUGAUCAACUGGAGCUGCACUACGCGGAGACGUCCUGCAGCGUGCCACUCUCGCUGAGCGUUCAGGCUGCCAAUUCGGCGCGCUGCCACAGCAAGGUCUGUCGCCAGGCCAUCGAGGGCUACGACUGCGGCGAUGAGGUGGCCACCUGGCUAAGCCAGAGCCUGGGGCUGGAGGGUGUGCGUCUGCUGCGGCAAUCCGCACAGCGCAGCGCACCGGGCACACAGCAGCAGCAGCUGAGCUUGGUGAAUCAGGCACAGUUCCUGCUGGUCAACCGGGCCUCGGUGCGCUCGCUGCAGUUCGAGGAGUCGCUGGACGAGACCGUGGAUCGCUUUCGCGCCAACAUCAUCAUCGACACGGGCACGCCCUUCGAGGAGCUGGCCUACACGCAGCUGCGCAUCGGCGACAUUCUCUUCCAAGUGGACGGUCCCUGCCAGCGCUGCGACAUGAUCUGCAUCAAUCAGCGCACCGGCGAACGCUCUCCAGAGACCCUCACGACCAUCGCCCGCAUGCAGAGCGGCAAAAUGCGAUUCGGGAUCUACAUCUCUCGCCUGCCCAGUGGAACGGACGACACACUAGAGCAGCAGCAGCAAUUGACUUGUGGCGAUGUCAUUGUCGUUAGCUAACAUAUAAUAUAUAGC